AUGGUGAUUGCAAUCGCGUCCCUGGUCAUCGACACCAUCGAGGAGCACUUGGGCCACGGCAAGACUCUGCCAGGCAUUGCGGAUGAGCUGUCCAAGGCCUUCGAGCAUUACAAGAAGUUCUGCAAACGAAACAAAAUGCCUGCAUGCUCCUUCCGGUUCAGCUUGGCCAAGUUUAACAGGAAACAGUACACGAACCUCCCGGUGCUUGCGUCAUGCUACAAGGCCAACGUUGUCAAAGGCAUGGUUUACUGGGUUGCCGACUACUUGAAUACGUUCAAAGACAGCCAGCUUGACAAGCAGCGUGCCUGCUGCGGCUAUGCGUUGGCUAGGUUUCAGAGCAUUUGUGACAGAUCGCCGGAGUGGUUCUCUGACGAAGCUCGCAGGGAAGCCUCCACCCAAAUCCGCAAUUUCCUUCAACUUUAUCAAAGCUUGGCGGCGCAGGCGCAGUCAGCAAAGAAGAACAACUACCAUUUAGUUCCGAAAUUUCAUAAUUUCGAUCACCUAUCAUCUUACAUAGAUGAGACUGGUCGUAACCCAAGGUUUGACCAUUUGUAUACAGAUGAGGGGUUGAUGGGAUGCGUGGCAAAGAUAGCUUCAGCAACGCAUGCUCUCACUAUGAGCAGGAGAGUUUUGGAAAGAUACCGGGCCCAUUUGGAUGUGGUACAUAGCCUGGUUGCCUUGUGGCCUCUCAGAGCCACCCGCUCAGCCCGCGGCAAGUAA